AUGGAUCCGUUGGUUUUCGGCAAUAUGGAGAACACCAGCAAUAACAGGAUGGCAUGGAUUGAGUCUCAGCUCUCCUCGCUCCAGCAAUCUGUCAGCACGAUCUCCGAUCGUCCCUGCAAGGACGCCCGAGAGGUUGACGAGAAGGUUGAGCACAUCCGUGACACCACGAAAAAGCUUGCAGAAAGUAUUCACGCCCUCAUAUUUGACGAGAAAACAGCACUGUUCAACGGUAUUGAAGAAGUGAAGCAUGCUUCGAUCGACAUGAAAUCAACGAUAAAAAUCUUGCACCGGGACUUGAAUUCAUUUCAAAAUCGCUUGAAAAGUCAAGCGGGUAGUUCGACAGCAUCCCUAUCCGGUAAUCAAUUUGCCAGUCCUACCCAGUCCGACCGACGAGACAACAGGCUACGAGAAAUUUUAGAAACUCAGAGACAGAAAUUCGAGGCACAGAUUCAGGCUAUCAACGUUGAAAGAAAAGCAGCAGAAGCUCAUUGGCAAGCGGAGUUCGAGGCAUCAACGUCUGCCAGAGAGCAAAUUGAGUCCAUGCUAUCGCAACAGGUUGAGGACGAACAGGAGAGAUGCCGGCGGCUUUUCGAGUAUAUUCAGAUUCUCAAAGGAAACAUACGUGUGAUGUGUAGGAUCAGACCUAGCUUGAAGGACGUGAGUGCAGAUGAUCUCGUUGACUUUGGCCCCCCUGAGCGAGGUCAAUUGUCCAACAAUUGGGCCAAGAUGCUUCUCCCUGUCCCAAGGCAGCGAGUUACCGGCGAAAUGGUCACGGACACAAAACAGUUCGACUUUGAACGAGUUUUUGGUCCGGAUGAUUCAAACGAAUCUGUGUAUGGCGAAAUCCGUGACUUGGUUCAGAACUCCCUAAUGGGUGGGAAAGUCGCCAUAUUUUGCUAUGGCCAAAGCGGUUCCGGCAAGACUUUUACUAUGAGUCAUCGGGAAUCUGCCGACGAGCUCACUCCUCUAGAUGGUAUUAUACCACAAGCCCUGGGUACUAUGUUCCGUGCGGUGCAUGACCAGCCCCGGUUAUUUCGGUAUAGCUUUGAAUUAUCAUUGGUGGAAAUAUACAAGGACGAUAUAUUUGACCUUUUGAUAUCUCCCAAGGGCGGCCAGAAAACCAAGAUACGCAUAGACCAGGCCCAGUGGAAUCCCAUUGACAGCUGGGUUGAAGCCAAUGAGAUGUUAGAGAAGGCUUCGAGAAGUCGAGCCGUUGGGACUACGAAUCUCAAUGAUUACUCGUCGCGGUCGCAUCUCUUGUUGUUAUUGAAAACCACCAGAGAGACGCUCGAAGGGAAACGCAAGGGUACAAUAGACUCUGGCCUUCUGAAUCUCGUUGACCUGGCUGGGAGUGAGCGGGCUGCGCAAUCUGGGGCAGAAGGGGAGCAGUUGCGUGAAGGAAUUACCAUCAAUCAGUCGCUGACAUCCUUGAACCGGCUCAUCACGUCACUUGGCCAAGGCACGCAACUAUCGUUCGACUCAACCCUUACGAAGGUCUUGCGGCCCUGUUUCAGUAAAGACUGUAAGACCUUGAUGUUUGUCAAUGUCAGUCCUCUCAAAAGUGAUUUUACACAAACCGUUCAGACGUUACAGAAAGCACAGGAGGCAUCCAAAGCCAAAUUAGCUUCGUCCACCCGACGUGCCAACCCUGAAGACCCUGCGACCAACAAGGCGAAAAAGAAGUCUCCCAUCGCAGCCAGCGGCUUGCCGACCCACGAUCCAUCCCCAUUAUCAAGGAGGCAGAGCACACCUGCUGAACAUCCAUUGCGCAGAGUGGCUGGAAAAGUGUCGUCGUCUGCUAGACACCCUGCAUCAAAAUCAACCUCGACAACUAGACUGCCGGGGCUCUCCUCGAGUAGAAAAUGA